CCUGUCAUUCGCCUGGAGUCCUUUUAACUUUUUUCCAUCUUUCCUUCCGUCUCUUUUAAAAUUCCCCGCCACCUCUCUCCAUUUUUGUUAUGCAAGCUUCGCCGAGUCUGCUCUUCUACUCACUCACGCUCCUCUUUACGACACAUUAGACAGGUUUGAACUUCGAAAGGUGGAAAUUUGUAACAUGGGGGACCUGUCCAGGGAGGAGAUUAGCAAUACGCUACGAAUACUGGUUGCUACGGAUUGCCAUCUGGGCUAUAUGGAGAAAGAUGAAAUUCGGCGGCACGAUUCGUUCCAGGCAUUUGAAGAGAUUUGCUCGAUAGCAUCCCAAAAGAAGGUGGAUUUUUUACUUCUAGGUGGUGAUCUUUUCCAUGAGAAUAAGCCCUCGAGGUCAACACUAGUUAAAGCCAUUGAGAUUCUCCGUCGUCAUUGCCUCAAUGAUCAGCCAAUACAGUUCCAAGUUGUUAGCGACCAGACUGUGAAUUUUCCAGACACAUUUGGUCGUGUAAAUUAUGAAGAUCCAAACUUCAAUGUUGGCUUGCCAGUGUUCAGUAUUCAUGGAAAUCAUGAUGAUCCAGCUGGAGUGGAUAACCUCUCCGCAGUUGAUAUUCUAUCAGUGUGCAAUCUUGUGAACUAUUUUGGAAAAAUGGUCCUUGGGGGUUCUGGUGUUGGUCAGAUCACCGUCUACCCUAUUCUUAUUAGGAAGGGUUCAACAGCUGUGGCUCUGUAUGGUCUUGGAAACAUCAGAGAUGAAAGGCUUAAUAGAAUGUUUCAGACACCUCAUGCUGUGCAAUUCAUGAGACCGGAAGCUCAAGAGGGUGUUCAAGUAUCAGAGUGGUUUAACAUUCUCGUGCUUCAUCAGAACAGAAUAAAGGCAAACCCAAAAAAUGCAAUCAAUGAGCACUUUUUGCCACGCUUCCUAGACUUCAUUGUGUGGGGUCAUGAACAUGAAUGUCUUGUUGACCCUCAGGAAGUUCCAGGAAUGGGAUUUCACAUUACACAACCUGGUUCUUCAGUUGCUACAUCACUUAUUGAUGGAGAAUCAAAGCCAAAGCACGUGCUUCUGUUAGAAAUAAAGGGGAAUCAAUAUCGUCCAACCAAGAUACCUUUGACAUCAGUUAGGCCUUUUGAGUAUACAGAGGUUGUAUUAAAGGAUGAACCUGAUAUUAAUCCUAAUGAUCAAAAUUCAAUUCUUGUACACUUGGACAAAGUGGUGGGAAAUCUGAUAGAAAAGUCCAGAAAAAAAUAUGUGGAUAAGUCAGAGCUCAAACUUCCACUAAUCCGUAUAAAGGUAGACUAUUCUGGAUUUAUGACGAUCAAUGCGCAAAGAUUUGGUCAAAAGUAUGUGGGAAAGGUUGCAAACCCUCAAGACAUUCUUAUAUUUUCUAAGGCUUCAAAAAAGGGUCAAACUGCAGGGAAAAUCAAUGAUUCUGAACGACUUCGCCCGGAAGAGCUUAAUCAACAAAACAUAGAGGCUCUAGUUGCUGAAAAUAAUUUGAAAAUGGAAAUCCUGCCUGUCAAUGAUCUGGAUGUUGCAUUACACAAUUUUGUGAAUAAGGACGACAAAAUGGCUUUCUUCUCUUGUAUUCAAUACAAUCUUCAGGAAACACGAAAUAGAAUUGCUAAGGACGACACCCUGAAAUUUGAAGAGGAAGAUUUGAUUCUUAAAGUUGGAGAAUGCUUGGAGGAACGCGUCAAGGAAAGGUCUACUCGCUCAAAGGAUAGUGAACAGCUCUCUUCAGCUUUUCAAUACUCAGAGGAUUUCAGAAGUAAUAGUAGUGCAGGAGUCAGAAGUGCAGUUUCCUUUAGCGAUGAUGAAGACGCAACACAGAUGCCUGGCUUGAAAUCGACUGCUAGAGGCCGGAAGGGGUCUUCUGGGCCAUCUGCUGCUGCUUCAGAAAUUGGAAAAGGAAAAACCACCGCAAGAGGAAGGGGUAGGGGCAGAGGUAGCGGCAGGGGUAGUGCUGCCGGUACCUUGAAGCAGACAACUCUUGAUGCAGCUCUCGGAUUUCGCCCUUCUCAGAGAUCUGCAUCAAUUGCUGCAACUGCUGCAGUUCAAAGUAUUGCUGAUGACAAGGCAGAUGUGGAUUCUGCUUCGAGUGAAGAUGCAGGGAAAUUUGAAGUUGAUGAGAUUGAUGACAGUUCGGAAAAUGAUGAAAGUGUCAAAGGCAAAGGACGCAAAAGGGCUGCUCCAAGGGGAAGAAGUAGAGGUUCUACACAAUCCUCUAAGCGGGGAAGGGCAUCAGACAACCCUGCAGUGCACCAAAUGCUUAUGAGCAGGGAUGACGACGACGACGACGACGACGAUGAUGCGGCAAAGAAACGAAACAAGCCCCAACCUCGGGUAACAAGAAAUUAUGGUGCUCUAAGGAGGUAAGAGAUGUUGAGAUGAACCACUAUCUCCACAUCGUAGACUGCGAGGAAGUUUUACAAGUGGUUGCAAGGAACACAAGAAGGCCGUGUAUGCUAAAAUUAUUGUAGAUGGUUGGAUAAUUUGUUAAACUUUUGGUUCUCUAAUUCUGUGUAAAUUUGGGUUGUAUUUUUAUUUUAUUUUUCCGUGAUGCACGAAAUGAUUAUUUGUACUUAACUUGGAAUUUUUUUAUUUUUUAUUUUUUAUUUUUUAUGCUGGGCCUCUGAUUUCACUUCAUCGGAUUGGUGCAAAUUAGAAUACACAACCGCUAUGGAUCUCAAGGUCGCUUUCUGAUGAAAGUAGAAUU